AUGUCACAAAGAAAAGAUAAUAACUUAAGUGAAUUGAAAUCAAAUGUAGAUUUCUUCGUUCAAAUCCCAUAUAUGGUUGGCAUAGAUCUUGAUAGGACUCUUCAAUUAUUUCUUGAUGAAAUUAGUGUCCAGAGAAGAGAUCAAAUCCAUAUUUACUUGUUACCUAAUGCAUCUAUAUUUGUGAGAAGAUAUUUUAUAUUCAAAUUUAAAGAGAAAGCUGUCGCAAAAGUGGAAAAAAAUGGUAAUAAUCAAUUCGUUGUCAAAGAAGUUUAUGAUGAAAAUAUUAUUCUCAUGAAAGAAAAACUGUCAAUAGAUCGAAUUUUAUCUUAUGAAAAAUUAUCAGAACAUCAUAAAUUCUUACCUAUAUAUGAUGAAGAUUAUUAUCUGUACAAUGCUGAUCACAUAAAGCUAGCUCGAAUUAGUGUUGCAGAUAAUGCAAAAACAGAUCCAGAGACCAAAUAUCAGUGGUUGGUAAAGAAAGUGUGUUCAGAUCGACAUAAAAAACUAAAACUAGGUAACAGUCGAUUAACCGUUAACUCUAUACUGAUAUGGAAACAAAUGCCAACUAUUUAUUAUUGGCUACCGUGUUCAGUCGACGCGUAUGUAAAACGCAUACGUUCCAUAAAUAUGAAGAAGUAUACGGAUCAGGAGAAAAGUAUUGCCGAGAAGUUUUCACAAUUAAACAUCGUUCAUCUCAAAUUAUACGAAUGGUUAAAAGACGAUGUUGAAGGACGUGAAGAAGAGAUUCCAUAUGGAACAUUUCGUCAAUAUUUACUUCGUGCUGCAAAAAGCGCUAUGAAAGAGUUUUACCAACAGGGUAAAAAAGUCUUUCUAAUGACUUUUGAUCCUGAUUGUAUGACAUUAAUGAUUAAACAUAAUUUAUCUAUUUUCGAUAUAUAUAUCGAUCAUAUAAUCCAUAACGAACAUUCAUUCAUGAUAACCAGUGGUUUUACUUUUACUGAUAAAAAGUAUUUUUUAAAUCGUAUUUAUGCAUUAAAUCUUGAAAUGCAAAUUAUUUUACAAAAUCAUUUACCUGGAUCAGCUUAUUUUACCGAAUGUAAUUCCGUUAUUCGAUACGAUCCCAAGGUGUUUGAUGACGCAGAAUUUAAAUUUGGUCUUCAUGGAACCGAAAUAAUACCGAUUGUAAAAUACAUCGCUUCAAAUAAAUAUGAAAUGACUAUAUUAAAGAAUAAUCCACUCGUAACUAGUAUACCAUCGCGUAUCUUUGAAGUAAUGGAUAAUGAUACUGAAAAGUAUGUUUUAUCAAAAAGUUACUAUGAAAAAAUGGAUAAACUGUCUCAGGUUGUAAUAUCAACUCAUAAUUUCAUGUCCACUAUGAUAACAGGGUUAUCUAUCUACAUAACGACAAAUGAAAAGCUACGAACACAUAUUUCUGAUCUAUGGAAAUUACAUUGUCCAUUAAAAAUUUUGAAAGAUGAUGAAGAAACAACAGAAUCCAAUUAUAUAUCGAAAUUACAAGAAAUCUGCGAGGAAUAUGUGAAUGGAUAUUAUCUAACGAGUGAGGAAUAUGAUGCAUCACUAAAUGAUAUUUGCCAAAAAUGUAAAAGAGCAAUACCAAAUAGACCGAGACAGAAGAAAUCAGUUAUGGAAGAUGUCCAAGAAGAUUUAGUAAAACGAUGUAUAAAAAUCGCUCAAGAAUGUGGAAAACUUUGUGCACGACAUAUUUUACAAUGGAUUAAUGAUGACAGAAAAAAUUAUAAAUAA